UAAAGAUCUAAGCAUACAGACAGCGGGAAGCAACUUUGUUUUAUAUUAUGUAAUGAUUACGUCACAGUGUUUAAUGCUAUAAUUAAAGAAGUGAUUUUUGAGAGCCAUUUUAUUAUUUGAUGCCAAACUGUAUUUAAAUAUUUUAAAUUAUUUUAAUGAAGUCUAUAUAUAGGUAAAUAUGAAAUAGAUUAAUCUAUAGUUAAAAUUGCUGGCCUAUAAUAUUCGACUAUCUGUAUCUGGAGCACUCAUAAAAAAAAAUCAGCCGGGGUAAAUUAUUGUCUUCUAUUUGUGUUUUGUCAAUCUGACAUUUGCGCGAGUUUUCGAAUUUUAGUUUUGAAUUUUGAUUAUUGUUUAAUAUCAAACGGUAAACAAAAGUUAGGUAUAUUUCAUUAAAUUAAUUAAAAAAUUAUUUACUGCAGUAUUAUUGAACAAGUAUUAUUUUUCUCCUAAUCGUAUAAGUAUAAUAAUGACAACUACUUUAAAUAAUUCUCAAAAAAAGAAUGUAAAUACUAGCAAUGCCGCACCGGGUGGCGUACGUAAGAAAUCGGGGCCUAAGUUCGAAUUGUCUGAUGAGCAACGAAGAGAUAUAAAGGAAGCUUUUGAUUUAUUUGAUACUGAAAAUACAGGAAAAAUUGAUACAAAAGAGUUAAAAGUCGCUAUAAGGGCUCUUGGUUUUGAACCUAAAAAGGAAGAGAUAAAAAAAAUGGUAGCAGAAAUUGAUAAAGGCGAUGGCAAAGUGUCAUUUGAAGAUUUUCUAGAGUUAAUGACUAUAAAAAUGGCAGAAAAGGACACAAAAGAAGAGAUAAUGAAAGCAUUUAAGUUAUUUGAUGAUGAUGAAACAGGAAAAAUAUCAUUUAAAAAUUUAAAACGAGUUGCACGAGAACUAGGUGAGAAUUUAACUGAUGAAGAAUUGCAUGAAAUGAUAGAUGAAGCAGAUCGAGAUGGCGAUGGUGAGAUUAACCAAGAAGAAUUUUUACGAAUAAUGAAAAAAACAAGCCUUUACUAAUCAUUGAAAUAUUCGAAAGCACCUAUUAAUAUAACAUGCUUUAUAUCUUGCACAACUUUUUAGUAUAAUAAUGUGUUUCAUGUACUUGAAAUAGCCGCCUUAGGGCCUGUUUCAGUGGUUGCUGUUAAUACUAUUUGACAGAUAACAGUAUCCAAUAGAUAAAAGUUUAUGAUAUACUAUUAUUUUUUACCAAUGAAUUCCACUAUAUUUAUGGUAUAUUUCUAUUUGCAAUUGUGAAUCUAAAACUUGCAGUUCCUAAUUGAGACGAAACAGGUCCUAAUAGCCUAUGCUACCUCCUGGUGUUAGUCUAUUCGUAACUUACGUAGAGGAUAAACUUUAUCCACAACUGGUAAAACAGACCCUUAAUAGUUAAAUUUUAAUUGCAAGUUAUUUAUCUAUGAUUUCAACAAAUGCAUAGUUUAUUAUCAUCAUUUUAAAUAUUGUACUAAACAUAAAAACAAAAAUAUACACUACUCAAAGAGAAAAGGAGCCAAUUUGGGAUACUAUUUUGCUGUUCCACUCAAUCAAUGAUGUAUCAUUCUGAGAUAAUUCAAUUUAUUUUUGUAUCUAAAGGUAGUACAAAUUCAUAUAGAAUCGUGUGUGACAGUAGUAAACAUUUGGUUCGCAUUGUAGUAGAAAAACAAUUAGCAUUGACAUUGAUGAAGGUUACGAUUUUUUCAGCAAAAUUUUCAUUUAAUUUCAGUGAUAUGAUAUCAGAAAAAAAUUGUCACAAUUUUUUAUUAUUAUAAUUAUAAAUAAAAUUAGUAGAAUACCAAAGCUGUCAGAAAUAAGAAGAAGUGAAUUAAAAUACUAUAGAUUUAACAUUUUAAUUUAAAAAAAAAAAAAAGAUUAUGUCUGCUUUGUAUGAAUAGUUAAUACUUGAAUAUUCUUUUUGUUAUCUAAUCUUAGUAUAAUACUAUUAACUAAUAAAGGGGAUUAACAAAUAUCCAUUUAAAUUGUCA